AUGAUCGAGUUUAUGGCCAGACGGGCCGUCCAGGCUCGCUGGGCCGAUGUCGAGGACCUGCCGUCGUCGCCUCUGCAGAAGGCCAUCAUGGCGAUCCUCUUUGGCUUCACCCUGACCGCGUUCUUGACCUGGGCGCUGAGGAUGUACAGCAAGGUCUCGUCCAAGCAGAUAGGGCUGGAUGACUGGUUCAUGACCGGAGCCAUGUUCUUCUCCGUGGCUCUGCUCGCCCCGACGUACAUGUUCUUCAAGUACUACUACGCCGGCUUCCCGACAUCGUCCUUGCCCGAGGACUGGGACCCUUCCCCGAUGCUCUUCUGGAACUGGAUCAUGCAGGUGUUCUACAACCCGAUCCUCGCCCUCGUCAAGUCGUCGGUGCUGGUCUUCCUGCUCCGGCUGGGCGGCCACAAGCCCGGUGUGCGGUACGCCAUCUACACCCUCAACACGGUCAACCUGGCCACCAUGGUCGCCAUCUUCUUGGUCGUGCUGUUCCAGACCAUUCCGAUCAACGCCUUCUGGGACCCGACGAUCCCCAAGCAGAGGGAGAUCGACGGCCCUCUGUUCUACAUCGUCAGCGCCAUCAUCACCAUCAUCACCGACUUUUUUGUCCUCGCCAUCCCCUUUUGGAUCUUCCUCGGGCUCAAGAUGCGCAUGGCCGCCAAGAUAGGCCUCAUUGUGGUGUUUCUCGCGGGUGGCGUAUCGAUCGUGGUGGCCAUCCUCCGCGUCCACGAGCUGCGCAGGAAGCUGUACAACCUGGACCCCAGCUACGACGCGCGCAACGGCAUCGGCGACACGUACAGCGCCAUCGAUGUGAACCUCUCCAUUAUCGCCGCCUGCAUCCCGGCGUUGAGGCCGCUCUUCCGCCGGUGGAUGCCGGGCAUGUUUUCCAAUAAGAGCAGCGCGGACAACGCGGGCUAUAACAGCGGCGCCGGCGGCGGGCAGUACGCGCGCUACGGCGCCGGCACCGGGAACGGCACGGGCAAUGGCCGGAUCAACAGGAACACGGUCGGCAACGGAUUCCCGAUGAAGGACAUGCGCAGCAUGCACACGGAGAUUAGGGGCCACUCGCCAGACGGCAGCGAGGAAGAGAUCAUGACGUUUAACGGCAUCAUCAGGACGACCAAUGUGAGAAGCAACAAAAUGGAGAAUGAGGUGAUGAUGAUGGCAGCGGUCCACGUCACGUACAACGAUUCGAACUCGAUCAUGACGGACAAGGAGUCGGGGGCGGAACGUGUCGAUCCCGAGAAGCCGGUAAGGCACAACAGCAACUUUGGCCUGGGCUCCAACGUCUGA